CACUCGAUUCUGAUUGGCUUGAUUGCGAUUUACAAGGUACUUUUAAAAUGAAUUUGAUAUUAUAGCUACAUGAUUUUAAUUGAGGAUCGUUUCUUGUAUUAUUAACUGCCAUUGUUAGAAGGGGGAAAACUAUGACAUUUAGCGAUAGAUUAUAAAUGAUUAUGAAUAAGUAUAUGGAAAUAUUUCAUACUGUUGGAAUGAAUUGCCGACAAAAGUUUCUAAUUAAAUGAUAAGGCUGCAAAAAUAAUUUUCUUCACGGAUAUUUUGACCUAACCUAUAGACGAAUGAACUUAAUGAUACUGUACUGUGGGCUGUGUGGACUUAUUGUUUUAAUGGUAUUUAAUCAUGUUGGAAACAUUGUAGCAGUGGAUAACUUCCAAUUUAUUUACUCAAAUAAACAUAUACCUGGUAAAAUGGACCGUAGUGACGUUUUCCGGCAACCAUCUCUACUGGUAUGUCCACCGGAUCCUCUGCAGCUGCACUGUCCCUCACAUAUGUACAUCAAACCUUCAGAUGCCAAAAUAAUUCGUAAUAUUCAAACAGCUCGAGUGCCGGAGUUUAUUAGUCCAAGCUGUUCUUUUAAAGCAAGCCAACCCGAAAAGAAAAGGAAACACGAAUCAGGCAUCAGACUUCAAACAGAAUGUAAUCUAAAGGUGGAUGUGGCUAAAAUGAUUGAACAAAUAUGUGAAGGUCGAAGCAGCUGUGAACUACAAAUAUCUCAGUUAAUUCCCAAUUCCUCACACUGUUUUGAGGAAAAUAGUUCUGUUCUUGUUACAUAUCAAUGUUUACCAGAUCCUAACUCAGCAUUAUUUGAAGCGAUUUGUGCAGAUACGUAUAUGGAAGUUAACUGCAAUACACAGCGAAAUUUGAACGCACUUGUUAUAUUAGGAGCGGAGUUCGAAAAGGAAAUAAAGUCAUCCGGUAAAACUGUAACAAAUGGAUGUUCUAAGCUUCCAGUUGAAACACCAGUUGGAAUACCAGACACUGUUUGUUCACUGAAAAUUGAUAUAACGGAUUAUAUAAGUAAUUCAUGUGACGGACGCACUUCAUGUUCAGUAAAUCCAAAUACAGUUAAAUUAGCGACCAGUGAAGUGCAUAAGUGCGGUAAAAUGCACCUCAGUUUAGUCUAUGUAUGCGUACCUUCCGAAUUUAUUAUUGCUAAAAACUACGUAGACAAUUCUGAAGAAAGGUACACUGAAAAACAGAAAACAAACCAAAGACAACCUAAAGAAAUCCAGUCACUUCGAUCAGGGAACAAAAUUUCUUUUUUGAAUCCUACCGAUAUAUCAGUUUAUACCAAUGAACCAUUGCCGACUAUCAGAUUAGAUAAAGAAUCUGACAUCAGCAAGCCUCUGACUGACCUACGCAAGUCAGCUGACUUUCAAAUGAAGUCACGAUCAAGUGAAAUCUUAUACAAAGGUCAUGACUCGUACGCUCAGCCAAUGAGUCCAUCCAUCUUACAGUCAUCUCUAAUUGGUUUCGGUGGUAGUUUACUAAUUCUUCUGUGCAUUGUGUUUAUAGUUUUACUUAUAUGUCAUAAAAGUGGUACUAGAAAUGACUAUAACAAAUCUCGACAGAAUCAUGAACCCAACAAAUAUUCUACUGCAUGUCUGGCUCAUUCAAAUAAUGACUGGUCAACAAUGAAUUCAACAGCAUUACAUCCUGCAUCCUUAUUGAAUGAUAUUAAACUUCUGUGUCCUGGGUGUAAGCUGCCAACAAAUCCCUGUUCUCUUAUGACUGAUAUACACAAAUAUCGUAACGAAAACUGUCAGUGCAGAGCAAAUAUACAAGGCAGCAUUAACAUGUGCAGUGUACAUCAUGAAAGCAAUAAUCAUUCUGAUAGGGAGCAUUGUUAUCCAACCCAGUCAAGUUUGAUAGGACAUCAAAACACAUCAGAACUGUAUGCUAUGAAAAUAAUGCCAUCCACCUCUAAUCAAACACCAUGCAUAUUUAGUGUCUGUCCCAUGCAGAUGCAGAACGAAUUGAACAUGCCUUUAAGUACACACACAGUUCACAGUGUAAACUCAGGCAUCACAAUGAAUGAAUAUCUCCCGACUGUUACUUCCUCUGUUAAUAAUAUUCAUUUCGAUUACCACACACAAUCUUCACUAGAUCAAAAUAUUAGGCCCGAACUAACUCAAAACCUAAUAGAAAAUAUUUACACAAACAACAAAGAAUAUUCUACCAACACUCUGAAAGCACCACCAUCUGUUAAUAGUGGUUCAACCGGACGUGGUUGUGAUGGCGGCAGUGGAAUUAGUGAGCGUAGCGAAGAAGUUACCCCAAAUUUAAAUCUUUAUACUGGAUUUGCCAGGUUUGAAAGAAAAAAUGAUUACGACAACGUAAAUGAACGACGAAUAUUUGAUUAUAAGGAUAAUGAGAUCAAUAAGUGUCAUUAUGAAAUGCAUUCCUGUAAAUUGAGAGUACAUAAUGAAUACGGUCGAAGUCUUUUAAGGUCUUUAUCAAAUAGAUUUUCUAACCAAGAUGACUGCCAACACAACAACACUAUUGAUAAUAGUAAUAACUUAAAGUUACCCGAAAAGUAUCACCACUAUGCUGAAGGUAAAUCAGUGUUUGAAUCAAACAUGCAGCUUAACGAUUCAUCAGAACAAUCCUCAAAGUCACUUCAUCAAAUCUGUUCAAAUCACACUGAGGGUGAUUAUACGAUGCUUACAAAAGGUGAAAACGUAUAUCAUCCAUGCCUUACAAGAAAGAUUAGUUAUAGAGAGCAAUCAUGUAAUAAACAGGGAAAACCUCAACAAACUACACACUUUUCAGAAAGUAUAACUGACUCGGUUAUUCAGCAGUGUGAAUCUGCAUGUAAAGAGUCUACAGAAAGUCUCAGUGUUCCACUCAUCGAUCCACCUCAUCACUUUCGUACACCAGCAAAUAAACUGCGACCAAGUAAUGAUGAAUGUACUUCAAGUAGGAUAUCAUCAACUCCUACACACAAAACACCAGAUGUUAUUUUAAAAAGCGUUGGUUAUAAUGAUGAUAAUUUGGAACAACCCCCACCAAAAAUGCCACCACUUCGUGGAAUAUUAACAAACAUAUCGACAGUAACCGGAAGGAAUACAGCAUUCUAGUUCUAAUUCAUUUUUGGUUGAGUAACAGUAAUGAUAUGUCGAAACAUUAUGUAAUAAAUAUUAUGAGACAUAGCAACCACUUUUGCUAUUAACCUCCAGUUUCUGAAAAUUGUAUCAUUUACACACUUUUAUCUCAACAAACUGCUUACACUCUAAUGGAAUUCAAUAUUCCACACUGUAUAUGUGAAAUGUUUUCGAGCAUUGCAUUUUUUUUAAUUUCCAAACUAAUCUGUCAUUUUUGCUUUAUUCUUCUGUAAUUAAGGUUUACUUUCUGGAAAUAACAUUUGUAUAUUUUGAAAAAUCGAUGAGUUAUUGUGUUGGAACAAAAAGUUAUUCCUCUAAUUUUUUCUCUGUUCAUUCUACAGUCUACGGGAAUAUGUAAUGACUAUUGAUAUAAAAAGUUAUAUAGUGAAAUUACAUACCACCA